AUGGUGUAUGGAGAGCCCAGGUCUUCAGACGAACAUAUCAGCCAUGUCUAUCACCUGCUGAUGACACGGCUUAACGAGGAGCACGCCGAGAUGCGCUUCUCAGCUUUCCAGAUCGUGCAGGAGUUGUUCACCCGAUCCCAUCAAUUCCGGACGCUGGUUAUUUCCAAUUUCCAAGAGUUCUUGGAGCUGACGGUGGGGAUAGACCAUGAGCAGCCUCUUCCCCCGCCCAGAGAGGUGGCACAGAAACUGAGGAAGGCAGCCAUUAAGUCAGUGCAAGACUGGCAUGAGAAAUACGGAGAGGCCUACAAGAAGCUUUCUCUGGGAUACCACUUCUUAAAGCAGAAUAAGAAGGUGGAUUUUCAAGAUGUGCAUGCCAGAACUGAGGCUGAAAGGAAGAGGGAAGAGGAGAAGCAAAGACGAUUGGAUAACAUUUAUAAAGAAAAAGCCAAAAGAGCUGAAAAAGAAAUGGAAGAAAUGUCCCAAGAGAUUGCUGACACACUGACAGAAAUGGAAAACUGUUUCCAGCUUCUGAUGCCAGAUCCUUUCAACUUCACUGUGAAUGACGUGGAACUGGAACCCAACAAACGAAUGUCUGCUAAUGAGGAUAGACCUGCAUCCCCCUUGUCCUCCCAGAUGGAACUGAACCAGUCCUAUUUUGGAUGUGUGGAUGAUGAACAGCCAUGCUGCAGCAAGGACAUUCUUUCUGUUUCUCAGUGUGUUAGAACUGAUAAAAACAAAGAGUUAGAUGAGAAACAGGAGAAGCCUGAGCAAAAAGAAUCAGAAGGAGACACAUGCUCAGAAGUUGAAUCUGGUGUCCCCGCUCUCGAUGAUGAUGAUUACCAGACUUUUGUUAGGAACCAUGGGCUUAUUUCACAUAAGUACACUCUCGACCUUGAAAUCUCCACAGAUUUAAAAGUGCAUGAGAAUGAAGAUAAUACUGCCAUAAUAAGCACAGUUACGGAUGCUCACAAACUCCUCAGAAAUAAGUUCUGGCCUUCUGUGCAGUCCUGGAUUCAGUUAUUUACCAGAGCAGGAAUAAAUGAUGAUCGGCUAAGAUGUGCCAUUGAUCUCAAGAAUAAAUUGGAGACUGCUAUGAAGAAAUACAAGGAAAUGAACAUUUCCGUUAAAGCAAGAAAAAGAAAAGUGAUGAAAGCCUCAGAUGAUGAUGAUGACGAAGAUGAGGAUGAAGAUGAAUUUGUGGAGGUCCCUGAGAAGGAAGGUUAUGAGCCCCACAUUCCAGACCACCUGCGUAAGGAAUAUGGACUAGAGCCACAGUCACCUCCAAAAGCACCAGCAGGGAAGACGUCAACAGGACCAGCUCCGCUGAGCUCCCGCACCCAGCUGAAACAGAAUGAAGACGAACUUGAUCCAACCUGUGCAGCUGCUACAUUGAAAAUUAUUAGAGACAAACUACCAAAGUUACUACCUCCACAUGCCAGUGACUCUGCAACUACUGAGCCAGCAGCUUUGGAAGAGCCUGACAGUAAGAGAAGAAAACUAGAAGAGGAAAGAGCUAAAGCUCCCCUCAUGCCUUUUGGAUUAGAUCUUCACUACUGGGGACAGGAUCAGCCAAAUGCUGGGAAGAUUCUCAAGUUUGCUUCUGAGCAUCGAUUUUGGGCACCCAGUGAAGUAGAGGAAGAAGUGGAAAAUAAAGAAAUAACUGAAAUGUUAAAAACUAGAUACAUAACAUUUGCUGGCAAGUUUGAACCAGUGAAACAUAGAUGUCGAGCACCAAUGCCUGAUGGAAGUCUGUGUGAAAGACAAGAUCGGAUUAAGUGCCCGUUCCACGGAAAGAUAAUUCCUCGGGAUGAAUCUGGGGUUCCCGUUAAUGCAGAGGACAGAGCCAGAGAAGAAAAGGUGCGGUUUGAGAAGCAAGAGGCUCAACCAGAGUGGCGAGAUCCGGAAUUCAUGAGAGAACUUGAAGCAGCUACAGGAAUGGAUCUUGGUUCCUCUAAAAAUAAUGGAAAAGGAGGGAAAAAGAAAGGGAAGAAGAAAAAAUAUCCAAAUCUGACAGACCUGAAGCAGCAGGCUAAUACUUCUCGUUCCCGGCUUGAGAAGAAAGUCUUUAAUAAAGGUGCUAUGAAACGGGUGGUGAAAGCAAUGAACCGAGUGGACCAAAGAAAGCACGAGAAGUUUGCCAACCAGUUUAAUUAUGCACUGAAUUAA